AUGUCAAGCUCAAGCAACGCCACUGCAGAUGCUUUCGGUACCUACUACCAGUGCCGAUUGGAGGAGGUCACAAGCAAGUGCCUGGAGCAGAGCUACCCCAGACUGACAUCCGCGCAGGCAGCUCUGGGAUCGAAGAAGCGCCUGGUGCAGCAAGUGUCACCGAUCUCACGCGACGGCCGGAAGGCUGGGGAGAAGAAGUUCGGUCAUUCCUUCUCGGACGUGCAAAGGGAUGCGGUGAAGCACUGGCAGAGUGAAGUUUCGGACAACACAACGGGCCUGUCCGCGAAAGUCAAGGACCGAAUGGUCAAGCGGCUUACCCAGGUCCGACGCGCCAUCACGCCCUUGCCGGCCAUGCAGGGCGAUGGCAACAACAGCAAGCAAGACUUCAAUCGCCAGGAGCGAAUGGUUCGGGUUCUCAAAGACUCACGCUUCUUCAUGGGCCUGGACGCCGUGAUUCUGGAGAGCCUGCCGAACUACUCCGAGUUCCUCACCCUGGACUCGGGGACCGUGCUCUUUCGGCAGGGGGACGCCGCCAAGGGCUGCUACGUCAUCGUCACUGGGAAGGUGGGCUUCUACGUCGGGGGCAACCUGAAAAGCCCGCGCCAGCCGGUGACGCCGGCGAAGGAGAUACCCUUGACCGCAGAGUCCCAGAGGCGAGUCCUGACCUUCGAGGGCUUCAGCACCUGUAGCAAGAUGUCCGACCUUGGUACAUGCGUGAAAAAGAGUGGUGCCGGAGAAGUCUUUGGAGAGCUGGCCCUGAUGGAUGACUCCCAGCCCCGACGGGCGGCGGCGCGGUGCCUGGAUGAGUGCGAGGUCUUGUUCGUGUCCGCCGCGGGCUUCGAGGAAGUGAAGCAGUACGUGAAGGACCUCGAGAAGCAGAAGAGGGAGUUCCUCGAACUUCUCAUCUUCGGAAGGUUGGAUCCCAAGGACAUCGUCGGCGCCUACGGUCAUCCCGCAAGUUGCUUCCACCAGCAGAAGCACACGAAAGGGAGGGCCCUGCUGAAACAGGGCACCAACGAGCACAAGGUGAUCUUCAUCGUUGUGAGCGGUGAGCUGGAGAUGACCCGGCACGCCGGGAAGCCCGGGAGUUCGUUGCGCGAGGUCCUCGCCAUCCUCGGAACUGGGGACAUGUGUGGCAGCCUCGGCUUCGCCCUAAAGCAGCCCUACUCCGUUCGCGUCCACUCCGAGGCCUGUGAGAUCCUCGCAUCUCGGCACGAGGACCUCGAUCGGCUCCCCGAGUCGAUACUGCAGCGGAUCAUGGCCCGGCUCUCGGCCGAAACUGCGGAGCGCCUGCGCUACGGAUAUGUCAGCAAGCCCAUGGGCUGGCAGAAUGUGCCCAAGCUCCAGAAGCGAACCCGGCAAGACUCUGAGCUCCUCCUGCUGAACUCGCGCGAUCUGCAGACGCACUUGCUGGCGCGACUCUGGCAAAGUGGGGGUCAGGGAAAGCAGAUGGCCUGA